AUGCUUUUGAGUCGACUCAAAAGCUUGGUGGAGCACCCGUCGUGCCACGAGGCAGACAGGGACUGCCAGAACGAGCAGCAGCAGCUGAGAGCGGCGGAGGCGGCACACAUGCAGCAGUUUCUCACACCCGACAAGUGGGCCUGCAUCACGCGCCUCCUCCUCUUCCUCCGCACCCGCAAGUCCGGCAUCAAGCUGCCCAACCCCUCCAACAACAACCCCGAUCCGUUGCUCUCUCUCCUGCAGUCCUUGGCUGGUCGGGCUGGUCAGGGUGGUCAUGGCUUAGUGAAGGAAGAGGGUGUGCGAGGGUCGAAAAAAACACACGGUGCUGGGGAUCUUGGGGAUGGGUUGGAGGGGAUUGAGAGCGGUGCUUUGUCUUCUCUGAAGCCGCUUUCUGUCUUUUUGGCAACAGACAAUGAGAACCUGCGGCCGCAGUUUGUGGAUAAGAUUGGGCCGGUGGCUGGGGAUGUCUUUUUCUCCACUGGCGCUGUCACUCACACGUCAAAAAGCGGCGCUGCUGCUGCAGCUGCUGCCAGUGCUGCAGCAGGAGGAGCAGGAGGAGCAGGGGGCUUGGAAGGUAGAUCGGAAGGGGAAGGAGGGGCAGAAGGUUUGGAGGGAGAUGACAGACAGAAGGCAGUGCCCGAGGAGCAUUUUCUACGGCAGCCGUCCCCAACCAUGGCUGAGUUUUUCCUGCUGAGCCGAGCCCGUGUGCUUAUGUCGAAGGAUCCCUCGGCCGGCGUGGUUCCCGUGGAGAUUAAACGUGUCAGGUGCCGGCGCGUGGGCGGUGUCGCGUUCAACAUCACCGGGAAGGAGUACUAUGUCACAGCCAUGCCUCUCAACGUGGCCGGAGAUGGCGCCAUGAAGCGCGUCGACAUCUCGAUCGCGCGCGGCCCGUGGAUGACGAUGCGCAAGAGCUACGGCGCGGUCUGGGACAUGCCCGGCCUGCCUGUGGUCGGCAUGUCGCUCUCCUUCCGCCUCUGGCCUGUCUCCGGGACUCUCCCGCUCGAGGCGUGGGACGCUGUCCCCGCGAAUUGGGUUAGCAAUAAGAUUUAUCGCACGGCGGUCAAUUUCCCGUGA